AGAAACCAGCUCUGGGCUGGAUGAAAGGGAGCAGAGACCUGGGCGGGGAGCUGUGUUUAUUUUUAAACAAACCGGCCAAGCAGACAUAAUAUUUUCUCAAAUGGGCACAUCAAAGAAUAUGGGAAGCAGGAAGCCUUGAACCAGAGACAGCUUUGCCACAGUGGUCGGCGGAGCAGAUGUCUGAGAGCACAUUUAAAAAUACCUGGUGCCUGGAGCCAUCUGUCCGCCUACCACUCAUAGCCUACUAGCUAAACCAGAGUCAGUAGUCUGAAGCAAGUUUUCAGAGGUUACUUGCCUUCGUCUGUUUCAGCAAGGAGUCUGGUGGCACCUUCAAGACUAACAAGUUUGUUAUGGCAUAAGCUUUCCUGAGUUGCAACUCACUUCAGAUCAUGAAAGGAAACUCUUGCAGCAAAGUUCUCUUAGGAUCAUCUGGAUACUACAGGUUUGGAACUUCCUAAGUAUUUGGCCAUUUCCAAAAUGAAUGACAUUGAGUUGGAGAGGAUGAACACUGAUCCAUCUGAUGAGCAGCAAAACAAUGAAAGAAAGUCCCGAGCUUGCACUAACUGUGACAAGCUUCAUAAAUCCAUUUCCAAAUGGAUUCUUCCUGAAAAUGCCAGAGGAACCUAUCUGGAAAGAGCAAACUGUAUCCCUCCUCCCCUUUUCAUCAUUUUCAUCAGCAUAACGGAGUUGGCUGUAUUCAUUUAUUAUGCUGUUUGGAAGCCCCAGAAACAGUGGAUCACGUUGGACUCAGGUGUCUGGGACAGUCCCUUUAUUUACAGGCCUGACAAGAGGGAAGAAGCUUGGAGAUUCAUUUCUUAUAUGCUAGUGCAUGCAGGCAUUCAACACAUUUUAGGAAAUCUCUUUCUGCAGCUUUUUUUGGGGAUUCCCUUAGAAAUGGUUCAUAAAGGGCAUCGGGUCGGUCUGGUGUAUCUCGCAGGAGUGAUUGGAGGUUCCUUGGCUAGCUCAAUCUUUGAUCCCCGCCAUGCUCUCGUAGGGGCUUCAGGAGGAGUCUAUGCUCUCAUUGGAGGAUACUUCAUGAAUGUUUUACUGAACUUCAAAGAAAUGAUUCCUUUGUUUGGAAUCUUCAGAUUGCUCAUCAUCGUGACCAUAGUUGGAACAGAUAUGGGAUUUGCUCUGUACAGAAGAUUUAUAGCACCUAUGAAUGGACCUCAAGUUUUAAUACUUCACUCAUCACUGUUGUAACCGAAUGCUUUACAUCUAUAACUUUCCUGCUCAUCUUGAAUAUUUUUGUGUACCACCUGCAGCCAUGGACUUUUCAUACCUGAAGUUAAGCAGGGUUGGACUUGGUCACACUCUAAAUUUGAAACCUCCAAGGGAUUGUACUGUGCACACUGACUUUUGGCGAAUCAGUAGGAAACCAUGUUCCCUUGGAAUGUCCCAGCAUGACUUUAGGGACAAGCCAUAUUUUGGAUGAGGCAUAAAGCUGUGAUAGAAGAUGUCACAACUCUCCUCCUAAAAGUGUGCCCAUGUUCUAGCCAAAUUCCCAGUUAAUUUAAUUUAAUUCUACCUCCCUAGAUUCAUGCCAGCAGGUUUAAUUAUAUGUAGCUGUACACCAUUUAACAGCUACUGCCUUCCACCAGAGUAGCUACAUUUAAAAACUCAGAAUCUCUACCCAUCCUUUACCUCUCUCAUAGGCAUGUAUUAAAGCUAAAGUUAUAUUGAGAAGUGCUUUCAAAUCUUUGGAUUAAUAAUGUUAUAGAAGUGCUGCUGUUCCUGUCUUGAAAUGUAACUUAACAGUUU